UCAUUUUGUCCCUGGGAUUGGAUCCCGGUGCAGGGUGGGGCAGGGCUGUCCCAUUCUCCGGCAAGCCUCUGCUGAGAAAGCUGGGCCCAGGCAGGCGCUGGCUGGGGAGGGGACCAGCCGAGCUCCUAGCCUUUUCUUUCUGCCUCAGCCCUAGGCCAUGGCUCCAGGCCCAGGCCUCCAAGCCUCUCUGGCUCUGUGCAGACCCCGAGCCCGAGCCCGGGCGGCUCCCGACCGCAGGGCUCCAGACUGCGCCGUGCCGAGCACCGUGCUCCUGCUGUUCGCCUACCUGGCUUACCUGGCGCUGGGCACCGGCGUGUUCUGGGUGCUGGAGAGCCCCGCGGCGCGCGAUUCCAGCGCCAGGUUCCAGCGCGACAAGUGGGCGCUGCUGCAGAACUUCACGUGUCUGGAUGGCCCGGCGCUGGACUCGCUGAUCCGGGGCAUCAUCCAAGCCUACCAAAGUGGGGACAUCGUCCUUGACAACACCACCAGCAUGGGGCGCUGGGAGCUCGUGGGCUCCUUCUUCUUUUCUGUGUCCACAGUCACCACCAUAGGCUACGGCAACCUGAGCCCCCAUACCAUGGCCGCCCGCCUCUUCUGCAUCUUCUUUGCUCUCGUGGGGAUCCCGCUCAACCUCGUGGUGCUCAACCGCCUGGGGCAUCUCAUGCAGCAGGGGGUGCACCGCUGUGCCCGCAGCCUGGGGGGCGCCUGGCAGGACCCGGCCCAGGCUCGGUGGCUGGCGGGCUCCGGUGCCCUCCUCUCUGGCCUCCUGCUCUUCCUGCUGCUGCCCCCACUGCUCUUCUGCCACAUGGAGGGCUGGAGCUACGUGGAGAGCUUCUACUUCGCCUUCAUCACCCUCAGCACCGUGGGCUUCGGGGACUACGUGAUUGGGAUGGACCCCUCCCGGAGGUACCCGCUGUGGUACAAGAAUACGGUGUCCCUGUGGAUCCUCUUUGGGAUGGCGUGGCUGGCCUUGAUCAUCAAACUCAUCCUCUCCCUGCUGGAGACCCCGGGGAGUUCCUAUUCCUGCUACCACCACAGCUCCAAAGAGAACUUCAAGCCCCGGAGCUGGAGGCAGAGCCCAGAUGGGGAGGCAGAACAGCCAGGCUGCUAUCUGGGGGAGCCUAUGAGAAUCACACAGCUUCCAGAGUCUACUCAGGUCUCACGCUGUGGAAAGGGUAACUAGUUAUACUCCUGUGUGCGUUCCAUCUUCUUCCUCAGCAUCAAGAGCCCUGGCUUUCAGCUUGGCACAUGACCACCCAGACUAUAGACUACUUUUUUUAUCUUCCCUCAAGGCUAUUUGCAACUAUAUGAUUAAAUUCAGCCCAAUAGAACACCCAGAAAAGAA